UAUUUAUCCAAUGACAUUACUUUUUCUACCUCAACACUUCCAACAAAAGUACAAAAUAUCUCCAGCGGCACAAAACAUUCCGUCCAUCACAUUUCCAAGUGAAGCGGCAACACUUAUUUCCGCGCACAAUCACACAACGCAACCACCUCACACACUCGUUCGAAUUUCGUUUUAUACGCCGGCUGUUCGUCGAGUAUAUUUUAACAGCUGCAACGGAAAGUUGCCAAUUUUCUCGCAACAAUCACCUGCGGUUUUUGUUGAGCGCCUAGUACGUAUAAACUCGGCAACAUUGCAAGUGCUGCAAACGCGUUCGAGUUUGUUGGUUGGCAUCGAGCGAGCGAGCGACGAAUAUCGUCAACGCGUUUGGUGGUUGCUUGGUUGAUUCGCCGAUUGCGUCGAUUCCGUCCUGGUGGCCGUUUACUGGGUCGCUUGGUUGGUUGACGCGCCUGGCCGCCAGAAGAUGAUCUACAUCAAGCGCGUCUUGUUAAGCGGCUUUUCACGCCCGAGAUUAAGCGCAUGCUUAAAGAUUGGCUUGUGCGGCGGCGCGAGAACCCCUAUCCAAGUCGUGACGAAAAGAAGCGCUUAGCCGUUGAGACCGGCCUUACAUACACACAAAUCUGCAAUUGGUUUGCCAACUGGCGACGAAAAUUAAAAAACUCAGAGCUGGAGCGUGAUAAAAGAUCUUGGGGUCAUCUUAUUAAGCAUUACAAUACAAACGCACGUGGGAAUGUGGAACAAUUUAGCAUAUCUUCGGAAGAUAGCAUUUGGGAAGAAGAUGAACUGGAACGCAAUGAAGACAUGGGUAAGCACAGUGAUGAGGACGAAUAUGAAUCGCGUGAAGGUGGCAUUUCUAGUAGCACCGAAGGUGCAACCAGCUCAACAGGCGGUUAUAGCUAUGAUAGUUUCGUACAGAGAAAACCCAAAAUGAGUUGCUUUGUGAAAAAUCAAACAUGCGAUAAUCGAAAAGUGAAAACGGUGGUUAUUGAGAGCGCAAAUAAUUCGCCAGGCAACUCUGUAUUUUGUGGUGGGACAAUAAUAACGCAAGAACAACAGCCACAAAAUAUUCAACAGCCAAACCCAACCACUCACACAGCAAAGUACAAACAGAAAAUGAUGGAAAAGUAUCUGCGCGAUACGCAUGGAACACAUUCAAAUACAAUGGCACCACAAUGUGAUGCACACAUUGUCAAUGAUGGAUUUAACAACAAGCAGUUCGAUGUCGAAGCCGCUCUUCAUAGUGGAGAUGACGGCGAUGGCGUUCGCAAUGGCGAUAAUGCCGCGCUGUCCAAAUGGUUACAGAGUGCUGCACGCUUUACGCCUGACAAAAACAACUACUUUAUCGAGUGGAAUGGCAAAAACGGCAAAAUGGAACAGAAACAACGCAUAAAACAACUGCGGCGCAUCACCAUUGUACCAGCCAACUCCAGUGGCGUCACGCGGCGUCAAUCCUUAAAUACCUGCCCCACACAACUAGAAUUAGACGCCGCAGAAGCAUUGGCAAAUAUGGCAUUUAAUUGUCGACAACGGAGAAGGGAUUGUAAUCAAAACGGUGUGCGUCUACAGACAGUCAAUGCCAUUAGUUCCUAGCAAUUGUUGCAUAUAAAUUAAUAAACAUGAACAUUCACAGCAUUCCAGUGUAAAUUAUGGGUGCAAAAGACCAAGCGAAUAUUCCUGACAUCAAUAAUGAGUUAAAAAGACAAAAAAAGAAAAAAAAUGAGUGAAA